AUGGGUUGGCUCCCUUGGUCUUCUGGCGACUCCAACAAAGCCUCUGACGGCGGCCGCAUCGCCCCGGAUCGCACCAGUCGCGCACGCUGCUGGGAAGGCAGGGAUGCGUUCUUCGCCUGCUUGGAUCGGAAUGAUGUUCUCGACGCAAUCAAAGAUGACAAGGAAGCGCGCCGGAAAUGCGCGAAGGAGGUUGCGGAGUUUGAGGCUGCUUGUUCGGCGACUUGGGUCAAAUACUUCAAGGAAAAGCGAGUGAUGGAAUAUAACCGUGACAAGACGAUCGAGCGGAUUAAGAAGGAGGAUGCGGAGAAGGUGAAAGAAUUGAAGUCUCAAGGGUGGAAGUCUAGCUAG